AUGUUUUCAGAAAUUCUAUUAUUGAAUGUUGUUCUUCUUUUGGUGAUUGGUAAUCUCGUUAAUGGUGGUCGACGUGACUGGACAAUAGAAAAGAGUUCUUCAUUUUGGUAUGAACAAGCUCGAUUAUCAAUUGAAGAAGGAUUAAAACGUCGUGAGAAUACGGGAAUAGCUAAAAAUGUAAUUCUAUUUUUGGGUGAUGGUAUGGGUGUAUCAACGGUUACUGGAGGUAGAAUUCGAAAAGGACAAACUAAUGGUCAGUUAGGCGAAGAUUUUCUUACUGAAAUGGAACAAUUUACUCAUUUGGGUUUGUCAAAAACAUAUAAUAUUGAUUAUCAAACACCAGAUUCAGCAGCAACAGCAACAGCUUUUUUAUGUGGUGUUAAAGCUCAAUUAGGUACAAUAGGAGUUGACGGACGUGCAAAACGAUCGAAUUGUUCAAGUUCCAUUGGUACAAAUGUGACCAGUAUUCUCGAUUGGGCUCAAAAAGCUGGCAAAAAAGUUGGUAUCGUAACAACGGCUCGUAUAACUCAUGCAACACCAGCUGCUGCUUAUGCUCAUGUACCUGAACGUGACUGGGAAAGUUAUAAUACAAAAAUAUUUGGUAUUCGUCAAAGUCAAGAAGGUUGUCUUGAUAUUGCUCAUCAGCUUGUAUUACGUUCACCCCCAAUCGAUCUUUUAUUCGGCGGUGGUCGUCGACACUUUUAUCCGAAUACAAAGUCUGAUAUUGAAAACCCAACAUUAAAUGGUUCUCGUACUGAUAAUCGAUCCCUUAUUGAUGAAUUUUGGCGUGGACGUUUUAUUUGGAACAAAACUGAAAUGAAUAAAAUUAUUUUAGGUACACAAACACCAUUAAUGGGAUUAUUCGAAUAUGAUCAUAUGUAUUAUGAAACUGAUAGAAAAGCAACCAGAAAUGAUAAACCAAGUUUAUCACAAAUGACCAAAUUUGCAAUAGAACAUUUUUUAAAUAUGAAACAAAAUGGUUUUUUUCUUUUAAUUGAAGGUGGAAGAAUUGAUCAUGGACACCAUGAGACAAAAGCGCGAUAUGCACUUGAUGAGUUUGUUGAAUUCGAUAAUACUAUUGGACAAACUAAAGAAAUCUUAAAAGAAAAAGGUCUCCUGAAUGAUACAUUAAUGAUUGUUACUGCUGAUCAUUCACAUGUAUUUACAAUAGGUGCAUAUUCUUCACGUGGUUCAAAUAUUUUAGGUUUUGGAUCAUUAGAAUCUCGUAAUGUCAGUGAUAUUGAUAAAUUGCCUGUUAAUAUUAUUGCAUAUGGAAAUGGACCGAAUUUUCCUUCACCUCGAAAUGCAACUUACUUAUCUUCACUUGAUUUAAAUUCAACUAAUUAUUUAUCACCAACAGCUCUACCACUAAAGGAUGAAACCCAUGGAGCUGAAGAUGUACCUAUAUAUGCUCAUGGACCAUGGAGUCAUUUAUUUAUUGGAACAAUGGAACAACAUACAAUUGCACAUAAAAUGGCUUAUGCAGCAUGUUGGGGUCCUUAUACAGAUAGAAACGGAUGUCAAAUCUUGACUAAAUCAACAACAACAAUAUCAACAACAACAUCAUCAACCACAAUUGUUCCUAAAUCCAAUGGUUUUAAUUCGUUUAAUAAAAAGAAGAAGAUGAUAAAAUAUUUGUUAUUAAUAUUAAUAAUAAUAAUAAUAAUAAAUAUAAAUAAAAUAAAAUCAUUUGAAGAAAUUUCAAUUGAAAUCUCAAUAAAAGAAGAAGAAGAAAAUGGUACAAUAAUUGUAGAUUUAAGAUCAUAUAUAAAAUCUGAAUAUAUAUUAAAUAAUUCAAAUGGUUAUAUAAUAAAAUUUGUUCGUCCAUGUUUAAAUUUUUAUAUAGAUAAAGAAAAUUUAUUUAAAAUUCGUUCAUUUAAAAUUGAUCGUGAAAAACUUUGUCCAUAUGAUAAAAAUUGUUAUUUAAAUUGUGAUUUAUAUAUAGAAAAAGAAGAAAUAAAAUUAAUUAAAUUAAAAAUAAAUAUUGAAGAUAUAAAUGAUCAUAAACCAAAAUUUAAAAAAAAAUAUUAUUCAUAUGAAUUUGAUGAAAAUAUAUUAAUAGGUUAUCGUUUACAAUUAGAACAAGCUGAAGAUAAAGAUUUAAGUGAAAAAAAUUCAAUAAAAAAUUAUUAUUUAAAUUUAUUUAAUAUAACAUAUUUUCCAUUUAAACUUAAUUAUGAUAAAAAAAAUCAUUUACUUGAAUUAAUUUUAAUUAAAAAUUUAGAAAAAAAUAAAAAAUAUCUUUUUGAACUUAUUGUUAAUGAUGGAGAAAAUGAAGAAGAUAAAUGUUUAAUUGAAAUAAAUAUUUUACAAAAUCAACAAUAUAAUAAUAAUUUACCACCAAUAUUUGAUUUUAAUUUAUAUAAAUUUAAUAUAUUUAAUUUAAAUAAAACAUUUAUAGGAAAAGUUCAUGCAAAAAAUGAUUUUUAUAUUAAUUUAAAUAAUAAUAAUAAACAAAUAUAUUAUCGUAUUAUUCCAUUAAUUGAAAAUUCAAAUUUAUUUCAAAUAAAUGAAACAACUGGUGAAAUUUAUUUAAAUGAUAAACAACAAAUUAAUUUAUUUGAUAAAUUUUAUGAAAUAUUUAUUGAAGCAUUUUAUUUAAAUUAUCUUUCUUCAUUAACAACAGUUCAAAUUUAUUUUAAUUUAACUUCUCAAUUUAAUAAUAAUAAUAAUAAUAAUCAUUAUCAUAAUGAUGAUAAACAAGAAAAUUUUAUUCAAAUUUUAAUACCAAAAUUAUUUCAAAAAAUUGAUAAUAAAAUAUUUAUUAAAGAAAAUAUAUCUGUACCAAUAACAAUUCUUCAAUUAUUUAUAUCAUCAUCAUCAUCAUCAUCAUCAUCAUCAUCAUCAUCAUCGUCAUUUUAUUCAUUAGAUAUGAUAACAUCUAUUAAUAUUGAUAAAAAUUAUUUUUAUUUAAAAAAAUUAGAUCAACAAUUAUUUGAAUUAAUUCUUUUAAAAACAUUUGAUUAUGAAUUAAUUCAAAAUAUUUAUUUAGAUUUUAUUUUAAAUAAACAAAAUUUAACAAAAAAAUCUAUUGAAAUUAUUAUUGAAAAUAUAAAUGAUUGUCAACCUUUUUUUAAUCAAACAAAUUAUUUUUUUCAUAUUCAAGAAAAUAAUCAAAUACCUUUUCUUAUUUAUACAUUUCAAGCUUUUGAUUAUGAUUAUUUAAAUCAAUUUAUUUAUCAAAUUCAAACUUCAGAUGAAAAUAUAUUUUCAAUAAAUUCUACAAGUGGAGAUUUCUGGAUAUUAAAAUCAUUUGAUCGUGAAAUAAAAUCAAAUUAUUCUUUAUUUAUUUGUGUAUUUGAUGGAAUUUAUCAAACAUGUUCAUCUAUAUAUUUAAAUAUUCUUGAUGAAAAUGAUAAUAUUUGUAAAUUUAAUUCAUCAUCAAUAACAUUAACAAUUAAUGAAAAUCUUCCAUUAAAUACAAAUUUAAUACAAAUUCAAGCAUAUGAUCCUGAUUAUAAACAAAAUGGAACACUACAAUAUAAAUUAUCACCUAAAACAUCUUAUUUAAAUAUUAAUUUAACAACAGGUUUAAUUCAAACAACAAUAAAUUCAUUUGAUUAUGAAUUAAUUCAAACAUAUUCAUCAUUAAUUAUAGCUUGUGAUAAUAUUAAUUCAUUACCAUCAUUAUGUUGUUAUUUAAAAUUAUAUAUAAAUAUAAUUGAUAUUAAUGAUAAUUUACCUUAUUUAAUUUAUCCAUCAUCAAUAAAUAAUAUAUUUAUUAUUAAUUAUACAAAUAAAACAAUGCCUCGUUUAAAAGCAUUUGAUAAUGAUAUUGAUCUUAAAAAUCGUUUUAUAUCUUAUUCUAUUAUUGGUGGUACACUUAAUUCAUCAAUAAAUAUUGAUUAUCUUUCUGGACAAUUAUAUCUUUUAUCAACAUCAAUACUUCCACUUUAUGGUACACUUAUUAUAUCACUUUCUUCUCAAAUAAAUAUUCAAUUAACAAUACUUAUUCAUGAUAAUCAAACUGAUCCACAAAAAUUUCUUAUGUCAAUUCAACAAUAUUCAUAUUCAUCACAAUUAUUUUAUUUUAUUUCUUUUAUUUCAAUUAUUAUUAUCAUUUUUUUUCUUAUUAUUAUUUUUCUUACUUUUUACUUUUUUAAACAAAAACAAAAACAAAAACAUGAUGAUGAUCCAUUAAUGAAUACACCAUCAACAACAACACUUUCUACUCGAUCAAUAUUAACAACAACAAUAAAUAAUAAAAAAAUUUAUGAUACUUAUUAUUCAUUUGGAGAUAGUGUUACUCCUGAUAUUAUUCAUGUUUAA